AGCAGAUAAACAAAUAAUUACAGAGUUUUUAAUUAACAAAAGACAAGGCCUAGCAUGGCGAAUCGCACGAGAAACAACAAUACAAAAGUUGAGGCUCUCAUUGAAAGCUGUCGCAGCGAAGGCAAAUGGCAGCGUGUUAUCGAACUGACAGACGAGUUGAAAACAGGCUCUCCACAUAACGAGUGCCUGGCAAACUUUCUGGUGGGUGAAGCGCGGCUGGAGAAUUAUUUGGAGGAACAUGCCGUAAAUGCAGUUGAUUCCAACUUUGGACGUGCUAAGAGUGGCCUAGCAGAGGCGCGACGAUAUCUUAAUCUGGCACUGGGUGAGAGUGGCCAAAAGGCAGGCAUAGCGCUGGAUGCAUAUCUGUUACUGGCGAAGCUCUGCUAUGCAUGCGGCGAGUACGAGCAGAGCCUGGAGAACUUUGUCAAGGCAGAGCUCAAUACGCUGGCGGAAAAGGAGCUGACUUUACGCAGCUUGAAGAUUUUAGCAGAGUCUUAUGCUAUAAAGGGGCUGUGCUUAGAGCAGCAGGCAGCAAAGCCCACAUCCAAGUUUAAAAAGGCGGAGAAGGAUACAGAGAUGAUUAGCUGCUUUGAGCGCGCCUCUGACUUAGGUCUGCUCUAUCUGCAGGAGUAUGAUAUUGUUAGCGGCAGCAGCACUUCCUCUAACAACUCCACUGCUGGCUCUACACUUAAUGUCAACUCCGCGGGUGGCGGUGUGCAGCCUUCAGCCAGCAGCUUUGCCAUAAGCAGCACCAUACCCACCGGUAAUGUAACCCUAGAAGCCAAUCGCCGCAUAGGCGCCAUACUGGAAAUGGCACUGCAACGUGCGCCCAUUGUGCUGAUCAAGGCAGGCAAACUACAGGCGGCUGUGGAACGCUAUCGCAUUAUGUUGAAUGCCAUAGAAACACGCGCCACGCAGCCCCUGCGACUUAACCUUGCUCGACAGCUGGCGGAAGUGCUGCUGCGAGGCAUCUCUGGCACCAUCUAUACGCCGCCGUUCGCCAUCAAAACUGCAGGCAGCAGCAAGCGCUUGUGGAAGCCACGCAAAUAUGCAGCGCGUCAGCAAUUCACACCGAAAAACCAGCAGGAGGAGGUGCUGCUCUUGCUGCUCAUAGCCGAAGCCUUGGCCGUUAGAGAUACAGUGCUGUCGCAGAGUCCAGAAUUUAAGCUCGCGCGUCAGCAUGCCAUGAGUAAUGUUACGGCCGUUUAUGAUCUGCUAACGUUGGCCACCAUCCGCUGGGGCGGUCUGCAUCUGCUGCUCAACGAUUCGUUUGAGAAAGCUUUGAAGUUCAGCUUUGGCGAGCAGCAUAUCUGGCGUCAAUAUGGCUUAAGUCUAAUGGCUGCAGAGAAGCAUUCGCAUGCGUUGCGUGUUCUACAGGAGUCUAUGAAACUAACGCCUGGCGAUGCAUUGCCUUGCCUGCUCGCCUCGCGUCUAUGCUAUGAGAGUUUGGAGACGGUUAAGCAAGGCUUGGACUAUGCGCAGCAAGCGCUCAAGCGUGAGGUCAAGGGUCUGAGACCCUCGCGUAGUCAACUCUUUGUGGGCAUCGGCUAUCAACAGCUGGCCGUCCAGGCUACGCUCAAAAGCGAACGCGACUCUUACAACAAGCUUGCUCUGGAGGCCUUGGAGCGCGCCGUGCAACAAGAUGGCAACGAUCAUUUGUCCGAAUAUUAUUUGUCGCUGCAAUACGCUUUGCUCAAUCAGCUAAGCGAGGCCAUGAGUCACAUACGCUUUGCUCUGGCGCUGCGCAUGGAGCACGCGCCUUGUCUGCAUCUCUUUGCCUUGCUGCUGACCGCUUCGCGACGUCCCAAGGAAGCCUUGGGCGUUGUUGAAGACGCAUUGUUUGAGUUCCCCGACAACUUGCAGCUGCUGCACGUGAAGGCGCACUUGCAGUUGCAUCUGGAGGACGCAGAGACGGCCCUAAGCACCGUGCAGCAUAUGCUGGCUGUUUGGCGUGAGGUCUAUGAGGCCCAGCUGGCCGGCGAGGAUGAAAAGCAUUCUGAUACCAAAAGUGGAGUGCACCUGGUGCACUCUUCGCAAAUGUCUGACAAGGAUUCGAAUUCUGUCUAUGCUGCCUCGCUGGCUGCAGUCUCGCGUGUGGAGCAGGCAUUGAGCGAGGCAGCCAGCUCCCUAAGCUCCUUCACCCAACGUCCAGGACCGCGUCGUCCCUGGAUGCUGCAAAUUGAGAUUUGGCUAUUGCUAGCCGAUGUCUACUUGCGCAUAGAUCAACCCAAUGAGGCGCUGAAUUGCAUACAUGAGGCCACGCAGAUUUAUCCACUUUCACAUCAGAUUAUGUUUAUGCGUGGUCAAGUGAAUGUUUAUCUAGAGCAAUGGCUAGAGGCGAAGCAAUGUUUUCUUAAUGCAGUCGCCGCCAAUCCAAAUCAUACAGAAGCCUUGCGAGCUUUGGGUGAAACACAUUUGAUGCUGGGUGAGCCCAGACUAGCAGAGAAAAUGCUUAAGGAUGCAGCCAAAUUGGAUCCAAAUUGUCCCAAAAUAUGGUUUGCAUUGGGCCAGAUAAUGGAAACUUUGGGUGACUUUAAUGCUUCAGCGGAUUGCUUUGCCACCUCACUUCAAUUGGAGCCCAGCUGUCCUGUACUUCCUUUUACCUCCAUACCGCUAGUAUUCGAAUAGACAUUCCCCAAACAUACGCAUACCUCAAUUUAACCUCAACAAAUAACGAACAGAGCAAUAUUACUUACUAGAUAUAUACAGGAACAAAGAAAUAUUUAACUACAUGCAUACGAUUAUUGAAUUACUUUUGUGCUCAGUAUUAGAGGCAAGUCUUAAAUGGUGUAAAUUGAAUGUGUAUAUUAUAGCUAGCUCAUAUAUAUUGAAAUGUAUUGUAAUGAAACUAUAAUUGCUUGAU